AUGAUUCUAAAUUUAGAUAUCAUAAAAGAAGAAAUUGAUGAGUAAGAUGAAUAAAAGUCUUUUUAGAAAAUCCAAUAUCCUUUAUUACAAGAUGAUAGCAAAUUUGAAAAUGAAUAAUUUAUUCCAGAUGAAAUAAUAGAAGAAGAUGAUAACAAUAGGGAAUCAAAUAAAGAAAAUAUAUAAUAGAUGGCAUCUAUGGUAUUCAUUGGCUUAGGAGGAUUUUACACAGAUUAAGCAAUUGAUUUUUAGGAAACAAAGCCUUAAAAUUAUUAAUAUAGAAGACUUACAAUAUAUUCUAAUUUUACAUAGAUUUUUAGAUCAAGUGAAGUCGAAUUAGACAAUUUAGAAAAUUAGAAUAGAAAUUUAUUUGAAAACUUUUCAACUUUUGCAGCAUGUUCUAUACUCAUAUAUCAAACAAUUAAUAAUGCUAUGAUACCUGCUUGGAUUAUGACAAUACCAUUAGAUAAAGUAUUGAAUAUAUAUAUAAAAUAUAGUAUUUGAGAAUAACUUGGAGAUUUUGGAUUUAGAGUAUGUUUUUGAUUCCUAUAAUGAUGUAUGAAUAGAGAACUGGAAGUUAAUAAGUUAAAUCGUAAUACGAAUUUAGAUAUAUAUUUUAAUGGGAAAAUAUGAGAUAACUUUAUUAUGCAAGUAUAAGUCCAACGAUAGCUUCCACAAUAUUUUUAUUUUGUUUUGAUUAUAAUUAUAUUGCCACUAUUUUUAUAUUGGGAUCAUAAACAAAUUUUUGGUUAUCAGUUGUACGUGUCUCAAGUUAGAAUCAUAUUUUAGAAAAAAGAGGGUAGAUAUUUAGUUUUUUUGGGUAUAAAUUGAAAUAAUAAGAUUUUUGUUGAUUGUUGUUGAAUCUAUGAUAAUGAAUAAUUAAGGAAUACCAAUAAAAGCAUCUAAUUAUAUUAAUACUUCAGUAUUCACCUAAAUUCCAUAAUUAAAAUUAUUGAUUGGAACUAUAGUGCCAGUAUUUAUAUAUUAAUAAUAAACAAUUAGUUUACAUCUUCAUUACUAUUAGCAAGAAGUUCUAUAUUUAAUUUAAGAGUAAGAAAUUCAUUUCCAAUAUACUUGAGCAAUUAUUUUAUAGCAAUAUUUGUUAGUUUCAAUAUGUUUAUAGUUGCAUAUUUCGUUGAUGGAAUUUCUUUAGAUGAUAAUUCAUAAUUUGGAGUUUUUGGAUUAUUUACAAAUUAGAAGUUUAUAGAAUUUUUGUAAUUUAUAAAUAAUAUAAAAAUAGUUAUAAUUCCUUAAUUAUAAUUAUAGGAAUAUCAAUUUGUUCUAUAAUCACAGUUUAGUUAUUUGAUCCUUUAACUUUAGCUAUUUGUAAUCUUAUUGAACCAUUACUAACCUCUGUACUACUCAAAUUUACAGGUGUUCAAUAUUAUCCUGAUGGUUUGACUUAUUUAGGGUAUUUUUGGUUACAAUUUGGAUAAUUGUUGAUUAUAAUAGGUUAAGAUUUACAUAAAAAGUAAUUGGAAAUGAGUGUUAAACUGAAUAUAUAAUGUAAGCAUUCUUUAAGUAAGAAGACAUUGUGA